AGUUUUUGUGUCUAUGCAAUCUAUACCCGGGUUAACCCAGGCACGCGGUUCUAGGUCAACGGAACACUGUGAGCGAGUUCUAUCACCACGUCACUCGCAGUAUUCAACUAGCGUGGAUACUUCAUUUAUACUAUAUACAGUUUAUAGUAUGUGAUAAGUUCUAAUUAUGACGUACCUGUAUUUCUAUAUUUUGUUGUUAAUUGUUCAAGUCUUGAAAUCGUCCAGUCAGACGACAGAAAAUCACACUUCCAUUUCUAUCUGUAUACUUCCUGUAGGCCUACUGGUUUGUAUACAGAUACAGCAAUCUCACAGACAAGAAACACUUGACUCCUCCACAAGUUCUGCGUCAACAGCAACUGCGCCAAAAGCAGCUUCAUCAAUAACUGCGUCAACAAAAAAACCCGCAUCAUCAACACCAGAUGUUUCGAUAAAAACUGCGUCAACCAUAACAUCUGGGUCGCCAACAACAGGUGCAUCAACUAAAGCAACAUCAACAGCAGAUAUGUCACCUACAACUGAAUUAGGAACUGCGUCAACAACAACAUCUGCGUCAACAGAUGCACCAACAACAGUAGUGUCAACAACAGCUGCACCAACAGUAGUGUCAACAACAGCUGCAUCAACAACAGCUGCGUCAACAACAGAUAUGGCAACAACAGAUAUGUCAACAACAGCUGCAUCAACAACAGGUGUGUCAACAACAGCUGUUUCAACAAAAGAUAUGUCAACAGCAGAUAUGUCAACAGGUGUGUCAACAACAGCUGAAUCAACAACAGAUGUAUCAAUGACAGCUGCAUCAACAACAGAUAUGUCAACAACAGCUGCAUCAACAACAGGUGUGUCAACAACAGCUGUUUCAACAAAAGAUAUGUCAACAGCAGAUAUGUCAACAGGUGUGUCAACAACAGCUGAAUCAACAACAGAUGUAUCAAUGACAGCUGCAUCAACAACAGAUAUGUCAAUAACAGCUGCAUCAACAACAGCUAGAACAACAACAGCUGCAUCAGCAACAGCUGCAUCAACAACAGCUGGGUCAACAACAGCUGCAUCAACAACAGAUGUAUCAAUGACAGCUGAAUCAACAACAGAUGUAUCAAUGACACCUGCAUCAACAGCAGCUAUGUCAAUAUCAGCUGCAUCAACAACAGCUGCGUCAAAAAUAUCUGCAUCAACAAAAGCUGCGUCAACAGCAGCGCCAACGAGAUUGAAAACAACGUUGUCAUCAACUACGUCUGAUACCACAGUGAAUUCAGCUAAUGGGGAAUCUUCUGGACUGAGUGUUGGAAGUAAAGUGGCGCUUGGUAUCUGCAUCCCUAUACUAAUUAUCAUGGCAGUGGGCAUCGCCGGAUUCUUCGUCUACCGAAGACGAUACCACGCCGGGACGUGGAAGCUGGACACCAUCGCCUACAAACCUUGGUCUUACUCCAAUGCCAGUUACCAUGACGACGAGGGUGCGUUAAUUAUGCCUAGCCGCUCGGGAUAUGAGAAGCUAUGACCUAUCGGCGUGACGUCACCGGGAGAGGGAGAAUUCGUUGGUUUUCUUAAUAUUCAUGAGGUCACGACGGGACCAUGACCAAUGAGGAAACGUCAAUGGGAUAUUAAACAUUGAGCAGUAAUAUGUCAAAAUUACAGGAUUGUGUUUGGAGGGGGUGGGGGGGGGGGGGACUUGUAGUGAAACUGAAACGCGUCCUUGCCCAUCCUCCAGUUAAACCUUGACGUUAAAAUAUUAACAAUGGAGACACAAUUGUGAAUAGAGUAUGUGUGUGUACGGAUGGAUGGAUGAAUGGGUGGAUAAAUAUAUCUGUGUUUAUUUACGUAUACAUGCAUAAAACAAGAAUGUAUGUAUGUAUGUAUGUAUGUACUGAUGUAUGAAUAUCUAUAUAUUGCAUAUAUGUCGAGGUUGACGAUUACAUACAUAGAUAUUAACACACUUGCGCAGGAGAUAAUUAAAUCCUUUCUGG